UUCUUCUCCGAUAUCUAGGGUUUUCCCCUCCAAAAUCCCCGAUUUCCAUUAAUCUGGGCUGUUUUUUUUUUUAAAUACAAUGCUCUCGGGCGAUCCGAGGUGAUGUCCAAUUUCUGGAUAGUUCUUGGCCAGUUCGACCCCGUCCAAUCCCAAUCCAUGAUGACAUCGAAGAAGGUAAUCACGAGAGAGGAGUGGGAGAGAAAGCUGAAGGAGGUCAAGAUUCGAAAGGAUGACAUGAACAAGCUCGUGAUGAACUUUCUUGUCACCGAAGGAUACGUUGACGCCGCCGAGAAGUUUCGGGUCGAAUCGGGAACUGAGCCAGAUAUUGAUCUGGCGACGAUAACGGAUCGAAUGGCGGUGAAGAAGGCGGUCCAGUCUGGUAACGUUGAGGAUGCGAUCGAGAAAGUUAACGACUUGAAUCCUGAGAUAUUAGAUACCAAUCCACAGCUAUGUUUCCACCUGCAACAGCAGAGAUUAAUAGAAUUGAUUCGCCAGGGAAAAGUUGAGGAAGCUCUUGAGUUUGCACAGGAGGAGCUUGCACCAAGGGGCGAGGAAAAUCAAUGUUUCCUCGAGGAGUUAGAAAGGACAGUUGCUCUUCUGGCGUUUGAAAAUUUAAAAGACUGCCCAUAUAGAGAACUGCUGGAUGUAUCUCAGCGCUUGAAAACUGCAAGUGAGGUGAAUGCAGCAAUAUUAACAAGCCAAAGUCAUGAAAAAGACCCAAAGCUUCCUAGCUUACUGAAGAUGCUGGUCUGGGCUCAGAACCAGCUUGAUGAGAAGGCUGCUUAUCCGCGUAUUAAUGAUUUAUCUACAGCUAGACUGGAAGACCCUGCUGUCUGAAAAUGUAUGUUUUUUAUUUUUAGAAUCAGGUCAGUUUCUGCGGUUCUCUGUGUGCAGAGAACAGAUCAAGGCAUAUGUGAAUAGCUUCAUAUAAACUCUCGUUGAUUGCUUUGUGAAAUUUAGCUUUUAAUGUGAUGAUUCAUGAUUGCACAGAACUUGUUGGCUUUGAUUAUUAUGUGUGUUCUUUAUGUUAGGGGGUUUAACUUUUA